GGAAUACAGAUAUCUAUCGGCAACGUUAGUGGUCGGAAAAUAGUCGGUUAAAUUCCGUAAGUCCCCAUUGUGACAACUUGUCACGCGAUAUCGAUCGAGUCGAAACGAGUCGCCUUUAGUCUCCAGCACCUACUACUUGUCUCCGGUUACGCUACUAUCAGACUUCAUUUUUGCAAGUUUCUGACUUCGUUUCAUCUUAGAAUAUCUUACUAUGACUGAAAGAAGGGUUGCAAUAGCCAUUGAUGGCAGUCACUACAGUGAAAGGGCUUUUGAAUUCUACUGUGAAAAUCUGCAUCACAAAAAUGAUCUAAUUCUUUUUAUCCAUGCCUUUGAACUGCCAUCAAUGCCAGCUGCACCUUAUCCUUAUGGGUAUGCUUACUAUGAAGAGUGGAGCACUCUUGUCCAAAAAGCAGAUGAAGAAGCAAAACAAUUAUUAGAAAGCAUUGGAAGAAGAUGUCAACAAAAAAAGCUUAAGUUCAAGCUGUUUAAAGAAAAUGGAAAAGCUGGAGAGGUCAUCUGCAAAUUUGCCCAUGAUGAGAAAGCCAACAUGAUUGUCAUGGGUUCACGUGGUCUGGGUACCAUUCGCCGUACAUUUCUGGGUAGUGUGAGUGACUACUGUGUCCAUCAUGCUCACAUACCAAUUGCAGUGAUACCCCCACCGCCGGAACAUUCUAAAGCAGAAUCCUGAAGCAUUAAUGAUCUCUGCAUCAUCACAACUAAAUUAUAUUGCCUCAAAUAUAAAGUAUGAUGCACAUUAAUUAUGCACUCAUAUAAAAUAUCUAUAUAUACAAUAUGCAAUUAAAGCCUUGACCCAUUGGGAUAUAUCAAGGGCGGAUCCAGCCAAAAUUUUAGGGGGGGGGCUAAUUGAGUUUAGGGGGGGCUAAUUGAGUUUCUUUCGUCAACAUGACGGAAAACAAUAUAAAAAAGCAUCAUUUUUUUCUGCUGAAAGGGGGGGCCCUCAGCCACCCUUUGCCCCCCUGGAUCCGCCAUUGUAUAUAUGAAAAUACUGGUAUAUGAAAUAGAGCUUGUGAAAAGCGUUCCAUGAUAGUGUCUGUGUACAAUUUAAUUGGCUGGGUUGUUUUUGAUCAAUGUGAUUAGUCUGGCAGUGCCAUGACCUUGGCAUUACCUUACUGUGCCACUACCAUGAUCGUGCCACGACCUUUUCACAGUCAUACGACAAGUGCUCUAUAGAGCAGAUGCAUUUUACAUCAUAGCCGCCAUCUUGGUUGAUGGUAACAAAGCAUUCCUCAUUAGCUUCUCUUGUUAGAUCAAGCAAGAUGGUGGCUGUUUCAUUGUUAUUCAUAUCUCAAAGGGAUUUUGAGUCACAUCGCUCACACUCUAUAUAACUAUUUUUAAAAUGUUUGAAUACUACAUACCAAAUAGUGUAUUUCAAGACUGAAAUGCAUUUUGGUUCUUAUGUAAUAUUGUCUAAAGUAAAAUAAAUAAAAAUUAUUGGUUUUGUUUUUA